AUGGCAGCAUAUGAAGGGAACAAUGCCAGAAGAGAUGCGAUAAAGCUCUUCCUUAGAAUGCUUUGUAAGAAGGUGGAAUAUGAGUAUAUAACAAUAGUUAGUGUUAUUUCAGCUUGUAUUAGUUUAGGUGCACUUGAUACUGGAAAAUGGUUGCUUGAGCUUAUCGCACAAAAAGGCAUUGAAACCAGUGUUCCCAUUAUGAAUGCUCUUAUUAACAUGUAUUUAAAAUGUGGAUGCAUAGAAUUGGCCAAGGAUAUUUUUGAGAGGUUACCUCAUAGAACCAGGAUCCAAGAAGGCAAAACGGCUGUAGUUUCCAAUUAUUGCAGUCAAUCAGGAUCUAAAGAAGUUCUAGAAGCUGUCAUUGCUGGAACAAAUGAGGUGGCAGGAAAGAAGGAAGAAUUAUCCAAGGGAAAAGAUUCCUUUUCCAUAGCAGAAUUAGUUAUUUACUAUAGCUAUCUCCUUGGUAUAGCUGGUUGCUUGAUAGAGGCAUAUGAAUUCUUUCAAAACAUGCCAAUUGCACCAGAUUCAGGCAUUUGGGGAGCUUUGCUUGGGGCUUGUAGAAUACAUAGCAAUGUUGAACUAGCUGAACUUGUAACAAAGGAGUUGCUUCAGUUGGAUCCUCAAUCUGUAAUUCCUGUGGCCUCAUGUCGUAUAUAUAUGCGGAAAUUUCAGUUAUUGCCAGUGCACUUGAACCCUGAGAAACUCACUGAAGGAGAUGAAAGUUCCAAAUUUCAAGCCAGCGAAGAUGGAGAUUCCAUUAGGACAUUGUAG